CUGCAUUAAAAUCCUGCCCGCUGGGAUGAUGAGAAGUGAGUAUGAGUUUGAGUUCUGGAGAACAGCCGGAUUUAAGGUGCCGAGGCGGCGGGACGCUUCCAAAGGGCCGGAAGUAGCGACGCGCGAGGGUCGGUGUUUGCAAACAGUGUCUGGGGUGCCUUGAAACAGCCGCUCGCAGUGCCUUCGUGAGGGGAGCCUUGAAACGGCGACAGGCGCGUCCUGACGGGGAGAGACUUGAAACGAUUGUCUGAGGAGUCCGCCGGAAAGGGGAGGGGGUGCCUCGAAACAGCCGGCUGAAGGCGCCAGGCUUUUGUACCGGCUGACUUUUAUUCACUUUAAGAAAACCUUAAAGAGCUUCUAAUAGCCCCGCCUCCUCCUGAGCGGCCCCCGCAUCAAUGGCGGCGCCGGCUGUGGCGGCCGAGGCCGGGCCCGGCGCCGGGGAGCUGCCAAGCAUCUUCGCCCCUGAGCAGGAUGGCGAGCUGGACCAGGAUGUCAACGGCGAGCUGGAGCCCGACCUGGCAUCCAAGUUUGUGUUGGUGAGCCCAAGUUCGGAGCAGUAUGACUGUUUGUUGAAGCAGCUGAGAGAGCGGAUGGAUGAGGGGUGUGGGGAAACCAUCUAUGUGAUCGGCCAAGGCUCGGAUGGCAAGAACUACGGACUGAAUGAUGAUGACAUAGCAGCAUCUGUGGCAACCGUUAAGAGUCUGUCUGAGCAGAUCUACUCUGAUCUGAUUCUUCUACGUGAGCGCCAGGAGGCGGGUGGGAAAGUAGCUGACUACUUGGUGCGCAAACGAGUUGGGGAGAAUGAUUUUUUGGAGGUCAGGGUGGCAGUGGUUGGGAACGUGGAUGCUGGUAAGAGCACAUUAUUGGGUGUCUUAACUCACGGUGAGCUCGACAAUGGACGAGGAUUUGCACGUCAGAAGCUUUUCCGGCACAAGCAUGAGGUUGAAUCUGGGAGGACGAGCAGUGUCGGCAACGACAUUCUGGGCUUUGACAGCACUGGCGACGUGGUGAACAAGCCAGACAGCCACGGCGGAGGGCUAGAUUGGACAAAAAUCUGUGAGAAAUCCAGCAAAGUUAUCACCUUCAUUGAUCUAGCAGGACACGAAAAAUACCUGAAGACGACUGUGUUUGGAAUGACAGGGCAUUUACCAGACUUUUGCAUGCUAAUGGUUGGCAGCAAUGCAGGAAUUGUUGGCAUGACAAAAGAGCAUCUAGGGCUGGCACUGGCACUCAAUGUUCCUGUCUUUGUGGUGGUGACUAAGAUCGACAUGUGCCCAUCUAAUAUCUUGCAAGAAACGCUAAAGUUGCUGCAGAGGCUGCUGAAGUCUCCAGGCUGCAGGAAGAUCCCUGUCCUGGUUCAAAACAAGGACGAUGUGAUUGUAACGGCGUCAAACUUCAGCUCUGAGAGGAUGUGCCCGAUUUUCCAGAUCUCCAAUGUGACAGGAGAGAACCUAGAUCUCUUGAAGAUGUUCCUGAACCUGUUGUCACCACGGACAAGUUUCAAAGAGGAUGAGCCAGCGGAGUUUCAAAUUGAUGACACCUACUCCGUACCGGGUGUUGGAACAGUGGUAUCUGGAACCACACUACGAGGUCUUAUUCGACUGAAUGACAUUUUGCUGCUAGGACCUGACCCGCUGGGGAACUUCAUACCCAUUGCUGUGAAGUCUAUCCACAGGAAACGAAUGCCAGUCCGUGAAGUGCGAGGUGGUCAAACUGCUUCCUUUGCUUUGAAGAAGAUUAAGCGAUCGUCCAUCCGAAAGGGCAUGGUGAUGGUCUCUCCAAAACUGAAUCCUCAGGCUUCCUGGGAAUUUGAAGGAGAAAUCCUGGUGCUACACCAUCCGACAACCAUCAGUCCCCGCUACCAGGCCAUGGUGCACUGUGGCAGCAUUAGGCAGACGGCCACUAUUCUGUCCAUGAGCAAAGACUGCCUGCGCACCGGGGACAAAGCCACUGUUCACUUCCGCUUCAUUAAAACUCCCGAGUAUCUGCACACUGAUCAACGCCUCGUUUUCCGAGAGGGCCGGACCAAAGCUGUGGGGACUAUAACUAAGCUAAUCCAGACAACGAACACAUCGCCCUCCAACACCAAGCCGCUCCAGCUGAAGAUGCAGUCGACAAAGAAAGGUACCACAAUGAAGAAAGAGGAGGCACCGACAGCAGCAAGCUCGACUCUUGACGAAGGUCUGUCCUCGGGACAGGCAGCUGCCUUGCAUGCACUGAACCAGCCUCAGAUGCCUUCAGAGGAGGAUAAACAUAACCGGGAUGUUAAUAAGGAAAACAAGCCCAAGACUAGUGGCGGCAGAAGGCGCGGAGGACAAAGGCACAAGGUGAAAUCCCAGGGAGCUGCUGUGAUUCCAGCAAGUGGUUGUUAGGUAGUUCAGAAAGUGACUCUGCAAGACAAGAAGACACUUGUUCCAUCUUGAUCACUACUUCCCUAGCCCCUCCCCCUUUCUUCUUCCUCCACUGCCCCUGCCAAAAAACCAAAACUCAACCUUCUCAGAAAUCUCAUUAUGGAAGUAUCCAGAACUAAUUAAGAAGUGACAUGAGAAUUGUUACUUUUUUUAAAACAACUUUUUUUGGAAUGGAUUUUAACUUUUUUUUAAAACCAUUUGCCGAAGGCUGAUGUCAGUGUCAAAUGUCUCUUUUGAAUUUUGUGCAUGUGCGUCACUCUUUUGAUAUAAAGAUGUUUA